GAAUUACGUAUUUAAAACCCUGAACCCUAACCUUGUUUCUUCUUUUAAACUCUCUAAAGCUGAGAGCCACUCUGCCUCUUCUUCUUCUAUCUUUAUUAGAUCAUCAAAUCAGCGGCAAUCUUCUAUAGCAAGUGUAACGGAGUAAUAUUCAACUAUGGUCCAAUAUAAUUUUAAGAAGAUUACAGUAGUCCCCAAUGGGAAGGACUUCAUUGAUAUCAUCCUCUCUCGUACCCAACGACAAACACCUACCGUUGUACACAAGGGUUAUGCAAUAUCCCGCCUCCGUCAGUUUUACAUGCGGAAAGUAAAAUAUACUCAACAGAAUUUUCAUGACAAGCUCUCAACAAUUAUUGAUGAGUUCCCGCGCUUGGAUGAUAUCCAUCCAUUUUAUGGGGAUCUUCUCCAUGUGUUGUACAACAAGGAUCACUACAAGCUUGCUCUUGGCCAAAUUAAUACGGCAAGGAACCUGAUCAGCAAGAUUGCUAAGGAUUAUGUGAAAUUGUUGAAAUAUGGUGAUUCUUUAUAUCGAUGCAAGUCACUAAAGGUUGCUGCCCUUGGACGGAUGUGUACUGUAAUAAAGAGAGUUAGCCCUAGUUUGGCUUACCUAGAACAAAUCAGACAACAUAUGGCAAGGCUGCCUUCAAUUGACCCAAAUACUCCAACAAUCUUGAUUUUAAUGCCCGAAAUUCCUGAUGGUCAUAAUGUGUAUGACUUCAUUGAUCCUGAUAUUUUAUUAGGCUUGAAGAGUUGGAACGAAGAAGGUGUUCGACAGGCAGAGGAGGAAGAAGAGGAUUUUGAAAUGGAUGGUAUGGAGUUGACACCAGAAGAGCAAGAAGCAUUGGCAGAGAUAAGGAAAAAGAAAAGUUUGCUUAUUCAAGAGCCCAGGAUUAAGAAAAGCACUGCUCAGAACAGGUCCAUUGUGCCAAGGAAGUUUGACAAGGAUGGGAAGUUCACAACGGAGAGAAUGGGCAGGCAGCUAUCAGCUUUGGGUCUAGAUCCUUCUUUGGCAAUUAAUCGUGCCCGCAGCAAGUCUAGGGGCCGGAAAAGAGAGAGAUCACCUGAGCGGGGAGAUAAUCAUGAUGCUGACAGUAUGGAUGUGGAUGAGAACCAACUGAAGAAGAAACUGAGAUUGAGGUCCAGAUCACGGUCAAGGUCAGUGUCAAGGCCUCCAAAUGAAGUUGUUCCUGGGGAGGGCUUCAGAGACUCUGCUCAAAAGGUCAAAGCUCUUAAAAUUGCCAAGAAAUCUGUCAAGAAAAGGAACAAGGAUGCUCGUCGUGGAGAAGCUGAUAGAGUUAUACCUACACUUAAACCUAAACAUUUAUUUUCUGGGAAACGGUCAAUUGGAAAAACUCAGCGCCGUUGAAUACUCAAGGGAAUGUUGGUUCAUCGUGCUGGUUCGUUUCACAUUAAUGCAAGAAGUCGCGCGGUUCAUUUGAUUUGUUUGUCUGCUGAGGAGAGUGAUUGUUCAUUUUCUCUGUGCUGUUUUGUUAUAAGAGUACAGAUACUCGUAUUUUAGAUUAAGCAGCAGUUUUGUGUGAGACCACCACGAGUCAAUUUUGUAGGCCAUGAACCUUAUUUGGCAUGUAGUGUUAUAUUUUGGCUGUCCAUUUUUUUACCCCUAGUCUCGGACUUUUAGUUACUGUUAUUGUGGUCAGUAAACAGGAAUUCACUUCUAAGUGUCAUUUCUGUCCAUUAUUGAA